UGGACUCAUUAGGGAGGCAGGCAGUCAUUACCACUCACACUGUACUUCCAGGGAGACACCGAUUAUGAGAAGAGAAACUCAGCGCUGGGGAAGAAGAGUACCUGAUAAAUUGCAAGUCUGUUUGUGCCCCAUAGCUGCACAGGUGGAAAAUCAGACAUGCUUCAAGAUUGCUGGUAGAGAUUGUGCAAUCUGUUGGACUGCUGAAGGUUCCAAAUCAUGUGGGCAUUCUGCAACCCCACAGAGUGGUAGAAUUUCUUCACUUAUCACUGACAAGUUCACACCUCUUUUGGUCAUUAAAAUUGUAAAUCUGCAUUAUCAGUUGCAGAAAACAGGCCAAAUUAAUGAUAUUAAAUGUUAUUUCCAAAGGAGUGCCAUCUCUCAUGACCACUUUCAGCACCCAGUCACAAAUGAUAUUUCCAUCAAGCCUAUGGUGCCAGUUCAUAUGUGGCUUUAUGAUUUUCAGUUUGCCCUAUAUCGUGCUUUAUAUUUGUAUCACUUGUUACAAUUUUGAAGUAUUUUUGUAUAUCAUUUUUUAUUUUUGUGAUAGUUUACACGUGGGAUUUCAAAGACUUGAAUCCCUCUAGUGUUUAAAUUCAGUUGACUGUGACCAGUUUUAUUACUUAUUUCUUGUGUUUUCAAUAGUUAAUAUUUACAGAACACCUGACCAGACUCUUCAAGAUUGCUUCCCCUAAUCUCCCUCUCUAUGCAUCAAGGAUGAGAGGCAAGGUGACUUGUGACUUACCCUGUGUCACAGAGU